UUGGCGAGAGAGAGUGAGAGCAAGAGGGAGCGAGCGAGAAAGCGCUCGGAGCAGCCAACGGGAGUGAGUGAGCCGGCGAAACCGGUUCGCAUGGGGCAGGUGACAAGGCUAAGAGAGAGCGAAAAUCGAUCAGUGUAAGGCUCUGCUUAAGGCCGAAGCCGAAAAGACCCAUCUUCCACUCUCAUCUCUUCACGUCACUGUCACCAACUCCUGUCACUCACUCACUCGCUCGCUCGCCGACUCGCUCGCACCCACUGCGUCGGCUACUUGUGCGAUCUCGCCCUCUCGCUCCCGCACUCGGACCUCUCUUUCGCCCGUGACAGUUCAAUCGGCUCUCGCGUUAACUCUCCCCGACGUCGGCGCUGCGAUUCCGAAGUAGUCAACUAAUUCAGUCGUUGCGCUCGAUGUGAACAGACGUGCGUGUCGGAACAACAGUUGCAAAUCAAACACGAAAGCAAAGGCCAAACAGAAAACAGAAAACAGCAAACAGCAAAAGGCAAAAAGCAAACAGAGUACAGAGAAGAGAAUCAGAAGAAUCUGAGCAAUCAGAAGAAUCAGAAGAAUCAGUGGCCCAGUGUCAAGUGACCCAGUGACAAGUGUCUUAAGCGAGUUGCAAUUUAGCGCCCAGUCGAAACCAAUGGCCCUGGAGGAUCGCUGCAGUCCACAGUCAGCGCCCAGCCCCGUUACCCUUCAAAUGCAGCACCUCCACCACCAGCAACAGCAGCAGCAGCAACAGCAGCAGCAAAUGCAGCACCUUCACCAGCUGCAGCAACUGCAGCAGUUGCACCAACAGCAACUGGCCGCCGGUGUCUUCCACCAUCCGGCAAUGGCCUUCGAUGCCGCUGCAGCCGCCGCCGCUGCAGCAGCUGCUGCGGCCGCCCACGCCCACGCGGCUGCACUGCAGCAGCGCCUCAGUGGCAGUGGAUCGCCCGCGUCCUGCUCCACGCCCGCCUCGUCCACGCCGCUGACCAUCAAGGAGGAGGAGAGCGACUCCGUCAUCGGGGACAUGAGUUUCCACAACCAGACGCACACCACCAACGAGGAGGACGAGGCGGAGGAGGAUGACGACAUCGAUGUGGACGUGGACGACACUUCAGCGGGCGGACGCCUGCCACCUCCCGCCCACCAGCAGCAGUCGACGGCCAAGCCCUCGCUGGCCUUUUCCAUCUCCAACAUCCUAAGCGACCGUUUCGGCGAUGUCCAGAAGCCGGGCAAGUCGAUGGAGAACCAGGCCAGCAUCUUCCGCCCCUUCGAGGCGAAUCGCUCCCAGACGGCCACGCCCUCCGCCUUCACGCGAGUGGAUCUGCUGGAGUUCAGCCGGCAACAGCAGGCCGCCGCCGCAGCCGCCACCGCGGCCAUGAUGCUGGAGCGGGCCAACUUCCUCAACUGCUUCAAUCCGGCUGCCUAUCCCAGGAUACACGAGGAGAUCGUGCAGAGUCGCCUGCGCAGGAGUGCAGCCAAUGCCGUCAUCCCGCCGCCCAUGAGCUCCAAGAUGAGCGAUGCCAAUCCCGAGAAGUCCGCCCUGGGAUCACUGUGCAAGGCGGUCUCGCAGAUCGGACAACCUUCUGCCCCCACGAUGACCCAACCGCCGCUAAGCAGCAGUGCCAGCAGCCUGGCCAGCCCGCCACCCGCCUCCAAUGCCUCCACCAUCAGCAGCACCUCCUCCGUGGCCACCAGCUCGAGCUCCUCCUCGUCGGGCUGCUCCUCGGCGGCUAGCUCCCUGAACUCCUCGCCCAGCAGCCGCCUGGGAGCCAGUGGAUCCGGAGUCAAUGCCAGCAGUCCCCAGCCGCAGCCCAUUCCUCCGCCAUCCGCCGUUAGCCGGGACUCCGGCAUGGAGUCCUCGGAUGACACGCGUUCCGAGACGGGAUCCACCACCACGGAGGGCGGCAAGAACGAGAUGUGGCCCGCCUGGGUGUACUGCACCCGCUACAGCGAUCGUCCCAGCUCAGGACCCCGCUACCGCCGCCCCAAACAGCCAAAGGACAAGACCAACGACGAGAAGCGUCCACGCACCGCCUUCUCCAGCGAGCAGUUGGCCCGCCUCAAGCGCGAGUUCAACGAGAAUCGCUAUCUGACCGAGCGGAGACGCCAGCAGCUGAGCAGCGAGCUGGGCCUGAACGAGGCCCAGAUCAAGAUCUGGUUCCAGAACAAGCGGGCCAAGAUCAAGAAGUCGACGGGCUCCAAGAAUCCGCUGGCCCUGCAGCUGAUGGCCCAGGGAUUGUACAACCACACCACCGUGCCGCUGACCAAGGAGGAGGAGGAGCUCGAGAUGCGCAUGAACGGGCAGAUCCCCUAAGCGGUGACCACCGGGUAACUGGGUGACUGGGUAACCCACCCACAAGUUACAAGGUUCCUCUUCCUCCUUCCGACGGGGGCGUGCAAUAUUCGAGGGCGUACAAAUGGUUUUCAUGUGAUAUAAUUGUAGCGUACAUAUGUUCUUGUAUAUAUCUAAAACUAUAUAUAUAUAACCCUAAUCCUAACCUAGAGUAAGAUCCAUCCGUAGCGAAUUCGAGCUGUAAGUUGUUGGCGUAUUUAUUUAACCACCCCGGAUAGCCGAAAGUAUUAUCGUAAUCUCCCGACACAAAGCCUUUCGCUAUCGCCGCACUCCAAAAGCUUCGACCUUCAGACGUUUAUUCCUACACACACCUACACCUAUCUAUAGUAACUACUCCCUAUGAACGACGUGCUUGCAGCCGCUCUGUAAAUUAAGUAACUUAACAGUUCCCUAGCUUAAUUCCUAGUUUACGCACCUAAGGAUUGCUAUGAAAGAGUAUUUUAGUUUCUAAGCGAACUGUUAACGAGCAACUAAU